AUGGCAUCCACUAUAGCCACGCUAGUUAUUUUUCUAGCCGUCCUUUUCCCGUAUUGUUCAUGUGAGACCCAAAACACUGAGAUCAGUAAAAUCAAACCUUCCGCUGCUAAAUCUGAAUCUCCUGCUCCAGAGGCAGCAGCACCCCAAGUGAGUUUCACCUCUGUAAUGUCAGCUCACGGAUGCAAAAUCUUCGCCGACAUUUUACUUGCUUCACCUGCUGAAAAGACAUACGGGGAUAAUGUCCAAGGUGGUCUAACCAUUUUUUGCCCAACCGACGAUGCAAUGAAAGACUUUGCUCCUAAGUUCAAGAACUUAACUGCUGACGGGAAACAGUCCGUUCUUGAAUAUCACGGCGUUCCAGUUUAUCAGUCGUUGUCGAGUUUGAGAACAAGUAACGGUUUAAUGAACACGUUAGCUACUGACGGUGCUAAUAAUUACGAUUUUGUUGUUCAAAAUGACGGCCAAGAUGUUACAUUGAGGACCAAAAUAGACACGGCUAAAAUUACAGGAACUGUAAUUGAUAAAGAGCCGUUGGCGAUUUUUUCGAUUGAUAAGGUUUUGGAACCUAAGGAAUUGUUCAAGGGUGCUCCGACUCCUGCUCCAGCACCAGCCCCGAUCGCUGAGUCCCCCAAGCCGGCGGGAAAGAAACAUAAAUCCCCGCCGGCGCCUGCUUCUCCGGCGGAUUCCCCGACGGAUGGUCCCACCGGCGAUGUCGCGGAUUCAAAGGCAGAUAAGAACGGUGCGUUUAGAUACAAUGCUGGUGCACUGGUGAUCCCUGUUUUGUGUAUUUGGUUUGGCCAUUUGUUGCUGUAA